AUGGUUGAACACGUCCGCAUUCAUCCCCAAUGUGGCGCGUGCAGCUUUGCGUUUACAGCCAGCGAGGCUGUGGUUGCGCUGAUCAAACAAGGCGAUAAUGCCAUUCGGGCCACUUCCCCAGCAAUAUUGUACGAGGACUCAACAUAUAGCGAUACCGGAUACACGGCUGAAUGGCUGUAUUGCAGCCGCCCGAAGUGUAAAGAGUGUAUCUCCGCAGCCCCAACCGUUACGUUUCACAGGGAAUGCCUGGAGUUUUCUGAGCAGCUGUCAGCAACGGAGGAUAAAGUGCCCUGGCUAUGGACUGCUGCGACGUGGAGAAGUCCUUGGAAUGGCGCACGGCCUCUGCAUCACGGCCUUUCUCCUGUUGUUGAUGUUAGGCACUUCAUCGAUCGCGCAGCCCAGGCUUGUGACAUGCCCAGUCUGUCAUUGUUGCCCAAAGAAUUGGCACUCAUGAUUUAUAAACGAUCCAGCCAGAGCUGCUUGCAUCGGUAUUUGUCUUUCUGGUCCUAUGCACGAUGGUGGAACCUGGGGCAUGACAAAACGCCAGAAAUGAUUCCCAUCGAUGCAGUCGAAGAGUGGCAGCGUGGUUCACACCCGAUCAUGAGCAAGGGCGCUAGACAUGGCGAAGUGGAGAGUGAUGCGCAGAAACCCAUUAUUAUAGUCCUGUCCAUCGAUUCUCACGGCUUGCGGAGUAUAAAACGGGUCCCGAAGGGCUAUACUGAUGCUGAUAGCAAGCCUUCACAACCCGACACAGUUGUAUAUGUCGCUGAGGCAGCUGAAUGCUUUGCCUCUGCGUAUGUGGAGUAUAACUAUCCAUUUGCCCGGCUUCAGCUUACGGGCAGGCCAGACCAAUUUCGAGUCUGGGAUACACCUUCGCCCCCACCAUGGCAAGAGUGUGUUGUAGAUGCAAAUUACGACUCUGCGCGUGCAAAGAGCCAUCUAUCGACUAUUGACACCCGCAACUCCACAGGCCUGACGUUUUUUAUAUGUCAUAGUUUGGUAUGGGCUAUUCAUACACACACAAAGGCACAGGCUUCCGCGCAGCGCACAUUCAAUGCCUUGAGCCCAAACAUUCAGCCUCUUGUCCAGUGGGUUCAUGUUCCUCUUGGCACCGAAGACACAAUUACUGCCCUUGGCUGGAGCCGUGGUUAUAACAAUGCGCGCUUUUACCUGCGUUUGAAAUUGGCAGGGGAUAUAGUUGUGGGGUCGACUUAUAGGAUGAGAAACGAAGAUGUGCAGUUGAUCCAGCAUCCUCUCACUCUUAUAUACGAAAGGCCGGAUGGCGAGGCGGUAACCUUUGUAGGUGGCUACGCCAAACAAUUGGAAGCAGACGAGCAAAAAGAUGCCGAGGCUGUCUCUACGUUUACCUUCCAGUAUAGGAGACAGCCAUUCAUGUCUGCCACUUAUUCAUCGGCUCCUCUAAACGAUGUCAUUCGGACUCGAGUGUUUUAUGAAAGAGGUGCUCCAGCAUGCCGAGGGAUUGUGCUAGAGUAUGGGAAUGGGUCGAAACGGGGCCUUGGACAAUGCAGACUGGGUGUUGAUCAAACCGAAGAAUGCAUAGACCCUACACAACUUUGCUACAGCUCGUUGGGCAAGAACUCUGUGCAAGUAAGAUUCUCCAACGGGAGCUCACAUUGGCAUGAGGAAACUGGUUGGACAUGCUGUAUGAUGAGGGGCGUUUUGGAAUUUUGGUUUAGCGAUACGGAAGUGAAACUGAACUGGCAGCAGCAACAGUAUGAUGCUUGA